GGCAAGCGGAAUGUAAACACCGGGCCACGGACUGGUGUCAGAAUGGCUUCCUUUGGGUGGAAGAGGAAGAUUGGUGAGAAGGUGUCGAAGGCCACAUCCCAGCAGUUUGAAGCUGAGGCUGCUGAUGAGAAGGAUGGGGUUGAGAAUGAUGACGGGAAUUGGCUCCAUGCCACUAAACGUAGGAGAGAAAUUCUCCAGGAAGACUGUGCUGAGAAAAGUAAGCAGCUGAAGGAAGAAGGAGCCAACUUGGCAGAAAGUAAAAGAUACCGGGAAGCAAUUCAGAAGUGGGAUGAAGCACUACAGUUAACUCCCAAUGAUGCUACCCUCUAUGAGAUGAAAUCACAGGUAAUUAUAAAGAAUUUCAUUCUUUAUGAAAUUGUGCUUUGUUUGAUUGAGGCCCAAGAUUCCAACAUACAAACCUUUGUGGAAGCAUUGAACACAGAAGCGCAACAAAUAAUUAGGAACAUGGCCUUUGAGGCCAUCCUGCCUGUGUUUGCAUCCAACCUGGCCCCUUUCCAGUCCAGGCCUUCAGUAACCGAUCUCUGUGCAUCUGCAAUUCGAAGUUUUCAAAUAGCCCUUCACAUCUAUCCGAUGAACCCUGAAAUAUGGCAAGAAGACCUUUCUUGGGCAAGAACCCUCCAGGAGCAGCAGAAGGUAGCACAAAGAGUUAAAAAAAGUGAAGCACCAUCUGGAGCAACACAGUUUUCCCCCAAGUCUAUCCCUGACUAUGACUUUGAAAGUGACGAAAUUGUGGCUGUGUGCGCAGCAAUUGCUGAGAAGCAGAAGACAGUGUCAGCAAAUAAAACAAUGGUUAUUGUGUCAGCUUCUGGGACAGUAGAGACUGUAACUGAGAAGGAAGAGGGUGCCACACUACCAGAUAACUCUGUUUUUAUCAAAGCCCGAUGAAGCUGUACACACCUUAAGUUAUUUGAGUCUGUCUAUCUGAUUACUGCUUAACAUUUAGACAGAUACACUCUCUGGAGAGAGGAUAAGACUCCUGUCCAUAAAAUACAUUUUCUUCAGAUGAGGUAUAUAAAAACACAAUGGUAGAAUUAUUAUGUAUUGUUGGACUGUGCUUUUUAAGUUGAUUUAUACUUGAGGUUAAACUCCUGAGAAAAAUGUGGUUUGGUUGAUAAACUUAGUUUAAUUUGGAAAUGUUAGUGGUUACAUUUAAAGAUAUAACUUGAAAAGUAUAUUCUUGGAUAGUGAAUAACUUGAUAGUUAUUGAAGUAUUGACCCAUUGACAUUUGUUUUAUAGUGAAGGGAAUGUAUGGUUUCUUUUCCUCCUAGAAAAAUGUUGCCAUUAUUUAUUCUUCCAUCCCUCCCGCUUCCAUCUUUAUUGAAUUAAGUCUUCAAAAAACUUGAAUAAUUUUACCAUUCAUUUUGAUUCAAAGUUAUCAUUUGUUCUAUAUAGAAUCUUUGAAAGGUUGCCUGAAAAUGCAUGCAAAUGUAUACAUCCUGUACAUAUUCUUGGUGUUUCUUUCUAUUCUGAUUUGUGCUUCUGUGCCAGUACUAGCUGAGGCUUGAAAGGCCUGGGUACUGGCUUCUAGCAUUUUUUUGCUCAAGGCCAACUCUCUACUACUUGAGCCACAGCUCGACUUGUAGUUCUUUGGUGGU